CAAUACUCGUCGCAUAUUUAUCAUUUAAUCAUUAUAAUAGCACCAGGCCGUGAUGGUAGGUACAUCACACUUGAUUACGUAAAUGCGACCAAUGGCGUGAUAUAAAUUUUGGGCAUUUGUCCUAACUUCCCUUAUUUAUGUUUACUUCAAAUAUUUAGUCAGUAGCUCUAUCCAUAGUUUAUGAUCUAAGAUUAGAUAGGUAUAAGUGUUGAAUAACUAUGUAUUCCACCUUUCACACCACCGACCUAUAAUAGUGGCCGCACUCAUCCCCAGUAUCGGCUCUUAUUUAAAUUGUGGCGUAAUCACUUAUCAAUUAUGGUUGUAACUGUUACACCACGGUUUUAUAUAUACGGUGUAUUCAUUAUCAUUAGAGAAGUGUUGUGUUCUAUAAUCUAUAAUUUGCGGCGUCAAUUCAUAUCUGGAGUCUCAGAGUCUCAGGCUAAAGAAAAAUUAUCUUCUUAAUUUUUAAUUUAAAAUGUUUUCAAUUAAUUUCGAUUCGAAUUGUUUGCAUAUUGUUUUUCAUAGUAUAAUGUUUUGUGUUUACAUUUGCUUUGCACAAUAUAUACCAUAUGUCAUGUGACUGAUGUAUUUUUUAGAACCAUGUGUGGAAAAAAGUCAGCCCUUGUAUUAUAUCCUUUAACCAAACUCACUAGUUUGUUGAAAAAGCAUAUUUCAGAACAUGUAAGUUUAUUUUGUUUUUGUAACAACGAGUUGAUCUUAUACAAACUUAGGUUACACCUAGUGCAGCUAAUUUCAGAGUGAUUUUUGACUUUUAUUAACAGAAUUAUUAUAAUACAAUAUCCCGUUAAUGUGAAUAAUCAUCAAUUAUUAUUUUAAUUUAAUGUUUUGAUAUAAAAAAAAAAGAAUGUAAUGCAGAUAUACUUGAAGUUAAAGUUCCAUAUCAAUUUUAACAAAAUUCAUAUCUGAUCUUAAACAUAAUACGGUAAUUGUAAAAUCAAAAAACUCUGUGCACCUUUAGUUUCAAAGUUAUUACCUUUUUAAAUUACUGAUUUGUAUUUAUUAAAUAGUAACGCAGUAAGGCAUGAUGGGGGGCAGCCAUCAAUAAGUACUUAAAUAUUGAACAAAUUGACUAGCACUUCAAAAUUUUUACCAUUAACUUUUUAUGCUUGAUUUUAUAUAUUAAAAUAGGUGAAUAAAAAUUAAAUUUGCUAUUCAAAACUUUAUUUUUUUUCUUUCUAAAUCAUACAAACCUAAAAACAUGAGUAAAUCUUCAAAUAAAUAAUACAAAUUAUUUUCAUUUUUUAAAAUAAACAAUAGUCAAUGCAAAUGUGGAUUUCUACUUAGUACUUUAACAUGCUUUUAUUUUUGAUAUUAGCAAUAAAUAAAUAUGAGUAUUAUGCAUAAUACAAACCUUAUUUUGUAUCUAAUAAAAAUAAACAAAUUGACUAGUUUUUGAUUAACAACUAAUAAAUAUGAAAUAAAUAAUAUAUUUUAACUUUUUAAAACAAAAAAAUAUACAAUUAUUUUGAAUAGUCUUUUAUAAUACUUUUUUUAGUAACUAUAAGUUAAUAUAGGUAAAUAGUCUUACAAACUUACUAAAUUUAUUUUUCUGUUUUGAGAAGCAAAUUUCUCAAAGUCGGUCUAAUUUACUGAACUGUUAAACUGGAUCCACAGACUACUUCAGUUUAAUAGUAAGUAGUCCUGUACUAGUACUCGAAACUAACAGGUUAUUUAAAUAUGGUAGAUUUCAUCACAUAUACAAAGUUUCAUAAUUUCUGGUCAUGUUUUAUAGAUUUGAGAGCAAAUAGGCCUCAGUUCAGCAAUUCAGCAAAUUAGGCAUUGCCAAUUUCUUAGUCAGUUCAUUUAAAUAUAUAAUAUUAAGUGAAAAUAGCGAAAAAUGUUCCCAUUACCCCCCCCCCUCUCCCAUAAAUACACUACUGUUAUUAAGUGUAUGCUCUACGGCAGCGGUUCUCAACCUUUUUAUAUCAUUCUUUUAUAAUUUGUAAGUAGAUACCAAUUGAUAAUGCCGCACCUAAUAUAUUUGCACCUUUUUCGCUUAGAAAAAUGUAUAAUGUUAUUAUAAUAUGUAGGUAUUCAAUAUUUUUAGUUAAAAAACUAGGUACCUACAUAUAAAUUAUACAAACAUUUACAUUUAUUACUCAAUAAAUUAAAUUAAGUAGAUAUUAAAUUAUUUUUUUAUGUACAAUUAUUUGUAUUAUUAUAAUGAUUGUAGUUCAAAUACUUUAAUAAGACUUAGUGUUUGACUUAACAAGGACAUAAAUAUAGGACUCCAUAUUAUAUUGAUAACUUAUAGUCCAGAAUCUUUCUCCACGUUCAAUUUAUUUUUAAUGGUAUUUAAUAAGAGAGAUGUUUAUUUUUUCAUAUUUAAUAUAUGAAAAAGUUUAUUUUUGCACAUAUUUAUGUUGACAUGAAAGCGUUUAGAAUCUAUAAAGUUUAUGCGGACAAGUCUUCAGUCAUUAAUUUAGUAUGUUUUUUCAAUAUCUAUAAUAAAUAAUAACAUUUUUUUUUUAAAAAGCGAGAUUUCUUUUACUUCUGUUCUAUGAAUCACUGCUCUACUGCAUUUAAAAUACGUAUGUUUAGGGUAAAUUUAACAAAAAUACCUUUUUAUUUGAAAGAGUGUCAAUUAUUCUAAAUGUAUUUUAUGUAUGUUACAUUUUAUGGUUACAUUUUUUGUUACGAACUCGAAAAACUAUUAACAUCACCUAUAAUUUAGUUGAUCCGGACACUAGGUUCUAGGGUACACACCCAAAACAUUGAAAGGUUGUUGGGUUCUGUUAAAUGGGGAAAUAAAGAAAUGUUCUGGAAUUGUACUUGAUAGAAUUCAUAUAGAGAAGAUAACUUGGAGAAUUAUGCGUUUGAAAUUAUCUUAAAAGAUGUCUCUGAGAUUUGGCCUCUAUCCUAAUUUAAAAUAAUUUUUGCUAUAUCAUAUAUCAUUUUUGCUAUUAUAAUAUAUAAUUUAAUUAAUUUAAUAAUAAUAUUUUGUUUACAAUUUUACAUUUUUAAAUACAAUUUAUUAUGUUUUUUACAUUUUUCCUAAAAUAAUAUACAAUUAAUUAUGUAUACUUUUAUUUUUCGUAUUGUUUGGUGGGGUGAUAGCAAACAAGACUAUAGCGGGACAAUAAAUUUAUUAUAGCAUAGUGGCUGGGCGAUAACAAACAAGUAUCCAUUUUUUUCCAUACAUUUUGUCCAUAAAUACUUUAUAAUUUUUAACUCUGUGGAGUACCUCUCUUUUUUUCUGAAAAAUGUUCCCAAAAGAAUUCCUAUUCUGCUCAACUGAACAUUAAAUAUUUCUUUUUAACUUGUGUUCAACAACAUUAAUUUGUAUCAAAUUUACAAAGUGAAUAUUGAAAUAUUUAUUAAAUAUAAAAUGUUUACUCAGUUAAGUGAUGAAUGUUUUGUCUUUUUUUUAAAAUUCAGAGUUUCCAAGUGUCUAUUUCAUUGGGUUUUGUUGUCAGUACUACAUUAUUACUGGUUUUCGGAAGUUAUUGGAAAAGAAGAAAAUAUUCUAAAUCAGCACCUGUUAUAAAACAUUUUUCUUAUGACAAACGAAAAGCAAAUAUUGACAUACCAUCAGGUAUUUGUGUAGGUAGCUAUUGAUUAAAAACUAAUCAUUUUUAAAAUUUUUAUAUUUUUUUCAGUAUCUAGUUUUAGAAUUUUUAGAACUUGUCACAGAUCACUAAGCCCUAGUAUAAAAUCAACUAACCGACAAACAUCUGUGAUUUCUUCAGUCCAAGAUUCCCCUAGUCAUUACAAAUCAUCUGAAGUAAAAUAUACAGCCCCACAGCAACUAGGCGUUAUGGGUGAGAAAUAUUCAUUACAUUUUAUUAUUAUUAUUAUAACAAUUUGCAAUAAUUUCCUUUUUUUGUUUCAGGAAUGGAAUCGUUAGCUUGUAGUAUAUCGUUUUGGGAGGAUGCAUUAUUAGCAUUCUCUGGUAAUAAUUCAAAUGAAUUUUCCAAUAGAUUAAUGUCCACUGAAGAUUCACAAUUUUGUAAAGAACUUCAAUUAUUAGUAGACUCUGCUUAUUCAUUACAAGAUCAGUGUCAAUUACUUUUCCUAGAUCAAGUAAGAUUUAAAUUGUGCAUUUUGUAUGAGAAAAAAACAAUGUAUAUUACUUAUUCUACAUUUUUAUUUUACAAACAAAUUAUAUAAUCUGCAAUUGAAAAAGAAAAGCAUUAAUAUAGGAAAGAAGAGGAAUCCCAACGGUAUCAAUUUGAAUAUUUGAACCACCUACAUGUACUCAGUCCAAAAACAUACAUAAAGAGUAUUGUGUGUGUAUAUAUAAAAUCUAAAUCUUAUAUUAGUAUUUAUUCACAAAUAGUUAUUUUAGUACUAUACAGUGAAUGUAUAUUGUCAAUUAUUUAAUAAAGUUCUCCAAACCAGGUAUGUUUUAAAAAUGUGGUUUUAAUAUUUAAGAUUCUUUUGGAUAAGAAAGCUAUGAUAUUGUGGUCUUGUAUAGUUGUUUGUGAGAUAUCAUUGAUUUGCAAUAGGCUUUGUGUGGUGUUCAAAAUGUAGAGGGAUCUCUUACCUCCUAUAAUAUCUUUGGUUGAAAUUUUUAGAAAAUAGGUAAGUGAUAAGAUUUUAUUUUUAUUAGACUAGUAAGAAAGACAAUUUUGUAUAGUGAGUAGAUUUGCAAUAUAUUAUGUAUGUUUUUGAAUGAGUUAAUAUAUCUCAGUAAACAGAAAUCAUUUUGUUUUUGUCUGUAUUGAUACUUCUGGUACAUAUGCAUUAGACAUUCAUUUUUAGCAAAUACCGUUGGGUUGGUUGUGUGAAAAAUAUAACUGAAAUGUCAUUGACCAUUUUCUAUAAUUUAUUAAUAAAAUAUUAUAUAAAUAGGUAUUUAUUUAUUUUUUUCAAAUUUAGAGAUCCGUAUUAUUUCGUGUUAGGCAAAAUGGAAAUGAAAAUUUGAAAUUUGAUGACCGUAGAUCAUCUGUGGACAGUUUCGUAUCAGCACGCACAGAUGUAAGUAAUUUGUUUUAAUAAAAAUUGAAGUUCAAAUACAUAUAAUAGUUUGAAUUUGUAAGUGAUAUAAUUUUUUUUAAUGCUUAUUUUAUGGUUUAAACUAGUGAUUUUUAAACUGGGGUCCUGGGGUGGCUAUAUCAGUGGUUCCAGUCUGGGCAUAGAAUGGUAUAUGUGCAUUAAUGAAAUUGUGGGGUUUAUUUAAAAGUGUAUUAUUAACUUGAUAUUUUAUCUUAUCUUUAUUAUAUUGGCUAUGGUGAUUAAGUAUAAUGGGUAUAAUAGGUACCUAAACCUAAUCAUUUUAUUGUUAGUAUUUAUUUAUCAGUUUGUCUUGUUUAUAUGAAAUGUACAGCAUUUCAGUCAUAUAUUUUUACUACCAUUAAGUACAGUACUUAAUUACUACACAAUAUUUGUUUAAAUCAUCUUAAAGGAAUUUAAGUUAAAAUGGAUCACUGGCUAAUUUAAAACAAAAUAAAUAGUUAACAAAACUUUGUAAGUAUUAUAGUAAUUAUCUGUCAAUGGAUUUCACAUAUACUGGAUUUGAAGAACAUAAAUAUCAAUGUGUGAUAUGUUUUGAGGUAUUAUAAAUCGAGGCUUUGAAACCGAUAGAACCCACUUGAAGCAUAAAGAAUAUGUUAUAAAAACCAUUAAUUUUUUUAAAAAUAAGAGUAAAAUUUGAUAAUUCAUCAUAAAAAGAUAUCCUAGGACCUAGGAUAAUGCGGACAGGUGCAGCUAUUGUUACAGAUAAUUUAUACCUAUAAGUAAGGAUAAAUCAUUAAUUGAUUCUGAGUAGAGUUAAGUUGAUAGUGAUGCUUUGUUAACAAUAUAUGUGUCAUUUUAUAGUAAAAAAAAACAAUUAAAUAGGCUUUAUAUAUAUUUUUUAAUAAUAAUUGUUUAAUAUUCUACCGAUUUUCCUAGUUUUCUUACUUUUUACUCUGUUUUCUCAUGUUUUAUCCCGGUUAUUUAAAUUUGAUGAGAAAACUUUUGAGAAAAUCUGAAAAUGACCUCUUCAAUAUACCUCCAAAGUGAAAUUUAUUUUUUGAAACAUUGUUAUCAUUAAUAGUUGGAGCAAAAUUGCUGGUAGAAAAGUUGUUCGCAAAACAAAAAAAAAUAAACAUCUUUGUAAAACCAUAAAAUUCUUCGUUCCACUCAGAAUAUUAAACUGCAACUGACUGUAUAAAUGAAAAUGCUGUAAAAGCAUCUUUGCAGUUUCUUUACUUAUUGAGAUAUCAUGAUUCAGAAUACAUAUUACCCCAUAUGAAAGCUAUGGUUUCUGUAAUGGUUAGUGAAGAAUCUGCAAAUAGCUUAAAUAAAAUUGCUGGUUCAUCAAGAAAUACUAAAGUAAUAACAAAUCAGUAUUACUGUGCUAUGUAAGUUAAGAAUAAAAAAAUAUCAUUUAUAUAUUUUAUUCAUAGCCACUGUAGUACACACAAUGGUAAAAGAAAUAUUGUGUAAAAUAAAUGAGUUCAUGAUACCAUUAUGGCAUCAUUGCUGCAUUCAUCAUGAAGUCAGUGUUUCAAAAAAGAUGAAUUUGUGAAUUUUUAAUAUGUAUGUACUUAGUUAAGUUGAAUACAAGGGACAUUUUAGCAUUGAUUAUAAAUUUACCUAUUAGUGUAAUAAAAAUAAUUAUAAAUGUUUAUGUUUCUAUUUACCUACUUAUGUGAUUUGUAAUAUAAAAUAAGUUAAAAUAUUGAUUAUAAUAAAAUGAUACAGUUUGUUAAAAAAAAAAAGGUAUUCAAAAGAAAAUUGGUUUGGGUCCAUAAUUUCUAAGUCUCUCAUUAAGGGUCCUCGUUUUAUAAAAGUUUAAAAACCGCUGGUUUAAACCAUGGUUUUUUCUAACCAUAAUUUAGACUAAGCUGUAUAUUUAUUUUUAGUGAAACAAAUUUUGUACAAUAAUUCAAACAACUAAUUAUUCAUUAAUAAUUAAUAAAUUAUAAAAUCAUUUUGAUAACGAGCUUGGCUUAUAUAAUUAUGUUUUAGAUGUGAUAGAUUUCCUCUAACUUGUACUGUUCUUCUCGGAGGAGGUGUCCUCAUUGGUAUUCAAAAAGAUAUCCCAUCUUUCCUUAUUACCGUUCCUGAUCUAAAUGUUGAACAUUUGUUUUCCAUUGGGAAAAUUAACUACUUACUUUGUUAUGUUUAUAUUACUCAAAAGAAACACUGUUCUACUUCUGAUAUUCCAAAAACAUUAACCCUUAAUGGUGCUUGCUAUUUUAUUGAACAGGAUACAGCUGAAAUGUUUGCAUCAUACUUCAAGUCUGUACUCAUGUGAAGUAAUUAAUGAUGAUUUGAGUAAUGCAAUUCCAUUUUUUGACCUACCAAAUAAUGUAUACUUUAAUGUUUUUCAAGGUCUUUCUAGUUUGCGUGGUAUCAAAACUAUAGGCCCUGAUGGUCUUCCAGUAGUUUAUCUUUAUCAGUUACGCUUUAUUAUAGCUUAUCCCCUUUUUUUAAUUUCUUUAGAUGACAGACAUUUUCCUUCAAUUUUAAAAUUCAGUUCUGUCACAUUCAUCCAUAAAUCUGGUAAUAAAUCCAAUACUAUUAACAAUAGACCUUUCUUCGUUUAAUCUCAUUUAUUCAAACUAUUUGAAUUUUUGAUCUCGAACAGUAUUAAACCAUUAGUUAUAUAAUAUCCUCAUUGAAGAACAAUGUUGGUUUGAUUGGGUAGAUCAACAACUACCUGCAACUUAGUUUUUUCCAAUUUUGUGUUUGAAUUUUUUAUAAACGUUCUCAAGUUGUUUUUAAAAUUAUCUGGUGUCCACUCAAAUACGUUUUCAACAAUGUCUGGGGUACAGUAAGGUGGACAUUUAUCAUUGAUUUUAUUCUCAUUUUUUGUCAAUAGUGUAAGUAUUGCUUUGACUAUUAUAUUUUAGGUGUGAAAAUCAUAGUUAUUGAUAAUGUAGUUGAUCUUUGUUUUAAAUUGUCUAGAACCCUAAGUCUAAAUCUUCAUGUUUCAAUGAUUUCCAAUAGAGUAAUUAAAGUUUUAAGGUUCAUAAUCUUAAUACUGUGAAAAAUCUAAAAUCUUUAUACUGUGCUCUAGUUUAUCUUAUUUCAGAAUACGGAUUUAUACUGUUUAUAAUUCUGAUUAACUCAGAUUAACAUUUAACAAAGAUUUUUGAGAUUCGCUUGUUUUGUUUUAGGAAUUUCCCAUUUACCUCUCAAUUAUGUCAAUAUCACUGAACUACUUGACCUACCUACUUUUGUAUGAAUGAAGAAGAAUAUUAAAUUUAAAAUGUAUUUGCGGUUUGAUAACUAACCAAAUUGUUUCUCCAUCCUUGCUAUCCCAAAUCAAUUUUAAAGUCUCUUCCCAUUCAUCAUUUUCAAAGAACCUUUCAUAUUUCUCGCGCCAACUCAAAUUAUUUAUAAAUUGAGCCUCUAAGAAGCAUUAUGUCACUUGCCAAUGAGGACCCCUCAUUUGAUGUUGGUUUGUUUUAUGUUAAGAUGUAUUAAUAUUUGUACUUUUGUAAUUUAUAUUUAUUGUUUAAGAAUAUCUAUAGACCUAUAAUGUAUUAUAAUAUUUGUUGUUGUAUGGUUACUUUUAUGUAAAAAUGGUAACCCUUAUAUUUAUAUUUAUAAAAAUAAGUUGUAUAUUUAUUUUUAAUAAACAAAUUUUGUACAAUAACUUAAACAUAACUAAUUAUUCAUUAAUAAUUAAUAAAUUAUUAAAUAAUUUAUUAUUUUGGGGAUAUUUUGUAAUAAUAUUUUAAAUAAAAUAAUGUGUUACCCUUACAUAACUAUAUAUAUAAUAUUUAACAUUAUCAUAACCAGUAUAGUUAAUUAAUAUAAUGUUUACAGGUAGCCAAUUUAAAAGAAUUUGAAGAUAUUAAUUUUGACAACUAUUAUUUGUAUCAGGAUGCAUUAAGAUAUGUUGAAACUGAUGGCAUAAUAUGCAGGUUUAUAUUAGAUAUUUAUUUAUUUUUAUAGAUAACCUAAUACUUUGACAUGUUUAAUAUUUUAGAAGUUAUCGUACAACUAUGGUUAACUGCAUUUCAGACAGAGAAUAUGUCUGCAAAUUGCAUUGUAUUCGCCAAUCAUUUGAGCAUUUAUUUAAGACGGAUAACAAUUCUACUUGGUUUGCUGAUUCUGGCAGACGAAUAUUAACUAACAUAUUUUUAUUCGCUGAGAAAGUAAUGGUUUAUUCUCUAAAUUAUUAAUAAAAUAUUGAUUUAUAUAUAACAUAUAUAAUAUAUUGAAUCCUAGGAUCCAAAAGAUUUUCUUUUAGCUUAUGAAGAGAUGUUAUGUUGGGCAAAAAUUGAUACAAAUUGGAUUGAAGCAGAAUCUGAAUUGUCCAUGAGAGGUGUAAAAAAAAUGACUUUUUAUGAUAUUGUUAUGGAUUACAUUUUAAUGGAUGCAUUUGAAGACUUAGAAACUCCACCUACUUCUGUUAUAGCUGUCAUUCAAAACCGUUGGUUAUCAAAAGGCUUCAAAGAAACUGUACUGCCAUAUUUUUUUUAUUUAUAUAUUUCUUAAAAUAAUUACUAUUUAUUUUAUUUUUGUUCAGGCUUUAUCAACUGCUGUAUGGUCAGUACUUCGUGCUAAACGAAGUAAGCUUAAAUACCCUAAUGGUUUUAUGCACCAUUUUUACAAUAUUUCUGAACAAAUGUCUCCACUCCUAGCUUGGGGAUUUUUAGGCCCUGAUGAAGAAUUGAAAAAUAUUUGUUUGUUUUUCAAGGUACAUAUUUAUUUAUUUUCUAUUUGAUUGAUUCAUUCAUUUCUCAAAAUUCAUUAUUUGCUUUCUAACUUUAAAUUAAAAAUCUAAUAUAUAAAAUACAUGUUUUAAAAGUUAUUAAACAUUCAGAGUCUAACAAUAAAAAUGAUAUCAGACAUCAAAUUUUUAUAUUAUUCAAAAUAUAUAACAUAUGAUUUGUUUUUAAAGCAACUGUGUGUUUUGUAAUACAUUAUAAAUAUUAACUAUUUAAUUUAAUCAAUAAUUAAAUUUAACUCUUAUUCUUAAAAAUAUGUAUUUAAAAAUGUUUAUAAAUAUUUUGUUUUUAGGAUCAAGUAAUUGAAUUGAUGCGUGAUAUAUUUAGCUUUGAAAAAUGCCGAUAUACUACAAAAGAGGAUUUGUCAAAUGAUAUGUUUGAACAAUUUAAAAUACGAUCAGAAAAUAUCUACAGAAUGAUUGAAUCAAAGAACUCUUUAGAUAUUAUUAAGAAAUAAAUGUUAAUAUUAUAUAUAAUAAGGAUUACCAUCUAAAGCAAAAAAAGGAUUUAUUAUAUAAUGAUAAUAUAUAAUUGUGCAAACUGUUUUAUUAUUAAUAUUUUUUUUUUGUAACAUUUACAACAAUUUAUUAUAAAUUAUUUUUAUUAUAACUUAAUAUCAAC